CAUUGUUCAAGAUGAAGAUGAAGUUCGUGAUUAUCUUCUUAUUUGUUUGUGUGGCUGAGGUAACAGUCGUCAAGAGUCAAACUAUACCUGCGCCUUUACAAGCGAGCUGUAAUUCGCCAGGUAUCCCAGGUAUCCCUGGUGUUCCAGGAAAUUAUGGCCUGCCCGGACCACGUGGUCUCACUGGUGCAAAAGGAGAACGUGGAGCGAAAGGGGAGUCUGGAGCGGAAGGAUGCGAUUACGUGAAUCUUGUGAAGUCAAAUUGGAAACAAUGUGUUUGGAAGAGGGUGGAUGAAAAAGACGCUGGCUUAAUACAGAACUGUAUCUUUAACAAGAAAUAUGACAACACCUCACUUCGUGUGUUUUACGAAGGAACAUUCCGAUCCUAUGGCGGUGAGGUCUGCAAUCGAUGGUAUUUUACAUUUGAUGGCGCAGAAUGUGUAAAACCAGCGACAAUUGAAGGGAUUGUUUCCGUUGGAACCAAUGAAAACCCUCAUCGUCACCGCCAUAUCGAAGGAUACUGCGAUCAGGUUCCGAAAGGUCAUGUACGUGUGGGGUUCUGGAUAGGCAAAUGUGAAGGUCGUAGAGCCGGAGAUGGUUAUACUGGUUGGAACGCAGUGUCUCGUAUUGUGAUUGAAGAAGUACCACCUCCACAAGCUUGA